GAGGAAAAGCCAGAAGGGACUUGGCGGGAGGAAGGGAGGCAGUCAGGCGAAGAGGGGUGUGUGGAGGAGGCGGCAGGGCCGGUGGAGGGGGCAUUGAGGCGCAGGUGUCAUAAGAGAGGGGGCCAACAGUUGAGAAAAGGCAGUGGGGACCGGGGUGGACUAGCAGGAAGGAGGGGGGAGGGUAGAGAAGUGGAGCAAGCGGGUGAUAGGGUGUGGGGACAGACAAGGCCAGAGCGGAGGAAGGAGAGGAAGAUGACUGGGUAGGAGCGCGGGGGAGGAGAAGAAGAGCUUGUGGAAGGAAAGAGUGAAGAAUUCAGGUGGAGAUCGAAUCUGGGUAGCAAGGAGAGGGACCUGAGGGGAAAAGAGAAGGAGACAAGGGGUGAGAAAAGAGGGCAAUCCGUCUAGGGGAGAAGAGGGGAGGGCAGAGGAAAGGAUCCGAGUCACGGAGACAGGAGGCCCACGAUGUCUGCGCCUCGAGCUCAGGAGCAGCCAAGCAGAUCCGGGGAGCGGCAACCACUGGUGGCUGGAGGCCGUCGGAGUCCCCGGCGGUGGAGACGGACCGCGGCCGCCGCAGUGCUGCUGGUGGAGAUGCUGGAACGCGCUGCCUUCUUUGGUGUCACCUCCAACCUUGUGCUCUACCUCAACAGCUAUAACUUCAAUUGGCAGGGCGAGCAGGCGUCGAGGGCCACACUCCUCUUCCUGGGCGCCUCCUACCUGUUGUCUCCUGUGGGAGGCUGGCUGGCUGAUGUGUACCUGGGCCGCUAUCUCACCAUCUCGCUCAGCCUAGUGCUCUACCUGGCUGCCUCCGGCUUGUUGCUCACCACCAUCACCGAAGAUGGCCGCAGAUCCUUCUGCGGAGAGAUGCCCGAGUUGCCACUGGAACCCGCCUGCCCAUCCGCAGACUGUCCAGGCUCCUGGUCCAGCCCCUACUGCGCGACCACCCUCUACUUGGUGCUGCUGCUGCUGGCGCUGGCUGCCAGCUCUGUCAGGAGCAACCUCACUUCGUUCGGGGCUGACCAGGUGAUGGACCUCGGACGGGAUGCCACCCGUCGCUUCUUCAACUGGUUUUAUUGGAGCAUCAACUUGGGUGCCGUACUGUCUCUGCUGGUGGUGGCCUUCAUUGAGCAGAACAUCAGCUUCCUGUAUGGCUACAGCAUCAUCGUGGGCCUCGUGGGCCUGGCGUUCUUCAUUUUCCUCUUUGCUACCCCUGUCUUCAUCACCAAGCCCCCAACAGGCAGUCAAGUGUCAUCCAUGCUGAAGCUCGCAUUCCAAAGCUGCUGUCCCUGGCACUCUUCCAGGGACUCCGAGGGUGCCCACCUGCUGCCUGAUCAGAGGUCUCACCAGUGGGGUCCUUCUCCACAAGAAGACAUGGCCAACUUCCAGGUGCUGGUGAAGCUCCUGCCUGUCAUGGUGACGCUUGUGCCUUACUGGAUGGUAUAUUUCCAGAUGCAGUCCACCUACGUCCUGCAAGGUCUCCACCUCCUUAUCCCCAACAUCUUCCAGACCAACCCUAACAAUAGCUCUUUGGCUCUGAGACCAGAAAUCAAUAACUACAGGAUCCCAGAAGCCUGGCUCCUGCUGGCCAAUGUGGUGGUGGUACUGAUUCUGGUCCCUGUCAAGGACCACUUGAUUGAUCCUCUGCUGCUGCGGUGCAAGCUUCUGCCCUCAGCUCUGCAGAAGAUGGCCCUGGGCAUGUUUUUUGGGUUCACCUCGAUCAUUGCAGCAGGAGUCCUGGAGAAAGAGCGCUUACGGUACAUCGCUGCCAACCACACAGUGCCUCAGCCGAUCGGGAAGGACACGUACUAUGCGGCACCACUGUCUAUCUGGUGGCAAAUCCCUCAGUACCUGCUCAUCGGGAUCAGUGAGAUUUUUGCCAGCAUCCCAGGUCUAGAGUUUGCCUACUCAGAAGCUCCACGCUCCAUGCAGGGUGCAAUCAUGGGCAUCUUCUUCUGCCUUUCGGGGGUAGGCUCACUGCUGGGCUCUGGCCUGGUGGCCCUGCUGUCCUUGCCUGGGGGCUGGAUGUACUGCCCCAAGGACUUCGGGAACAUCAACAACUGCCGGAUGGACCUUUACUUCUUCCUGCUAGCCGGCAUUCAGGCUGUCACGGCUGUCCUGUUUCUCUGGAUUGCUGGUCGCUAUGAGAGGACUCGUCAGGACCCAGCCUCCCAGAGCUCAUCCAACAGGGUCAGGGGCUGAAUUAGUCUCUACCCACCUGGACAGACAGUGACAUAGCAGUACCAGCUGUGCCCGUUCUCUUCUCAUUUAUUCUGCACCCAACAUUAGAACGAAGUGGUUCCCAUAAAUAAGGGACAUGCGCCCUCCCUCUUGACCAUGGUCCACGACAAGGGGUGGGGUGGAGGGGGCCUGGUUCGGUCCCCGAGGGGACCCAGCAGGGGACGUGGAACAACAAGCACCAGAGGAUGAACAUGAGGGCCAGGCAGGAAGUUCAGCCAGAUAACCCACUGGUCCCUGCUGCCUGGGCUGGUGGCCGAAGCUGCACCGGGCGGGCCAGGGAAUGGUCAAGAGCUGCCCCGGAUCCUCUCCAUGUAGUUACGAAGCUCCUCCGGGUCCUUCAGCCCCAUGUCCUCGCACACCCAGCGGAUGUCCUCCUCACCUGCCACCAGGAUGGACUGUACAGCUGGGGCCCCUACAGGCUCCUCGGGCGGCUGGGCUGGGGGUACUGGCGCAAAUGUCACAAACUCUACUCUCUUCCGACGUCCCCCAGCUUCUUUGCGGGUCAGGGUGCUCGAGGAACCAACAGUGCCCUCUGAAGCACUGGGGGCCACAGCUGGGGCAUCCCCUCCUGCCCCACUUUCACACGGGCAGCCCCCCUCCCCCUUGGGUGGGCCCGGGGAGGAGCAACGGUCCAGCUGACGACUCAGUUCCUCCUGAUUGGUGCCCAGCCAGACCCAGUUAUGGGGCUGGGGGGAGGAAGGGUCCGUAGCGCUGUCGGGAGGCUCUUUGCGCUGGUAGCGCAACACGAAGACCACACCAUUGACCAGGAAGAUGAGGAUGGCCAGACAGAAGAUACCCAGCAGAGCAUACAUUCCCAACUCUAGGUCGGUGACACGCUGAGGGGCAGGCACCAUCUCUUCCUCGUCUUCCUCCUCUUCUUUGGCCUCAUCCUCUUCCUUCCCAGCUUCUUCCUCUGCCCGCUCAAACUUGCCUCUAACAUCCACAUGGCCCCCCAUACCACCUGCCACCUGCCGCUUUCCCUCCACAGUGGCUUCUGUGAAUGGUGGACUCCGGGCAGGGCCGGAUGGGAGGGCGGGUGCUGGUGUGGGCAAAGGGGGUAGCCCCAGCCAGGCAGUGCCUGAGGCCAGGGGCACACGAUGGCGGCCCCGGCGACAUGGUUCCGGUGGGUGCAGAGCAAUGUGUAGGGGUAGCCCUUCAGCACCCACCCCACUCACCACCACACCAAGCUGGGCUCCCUGCUCUUCAGCCGGCAGGACAGCACUGGGCUCCUCAGCUGAGACCGACAGUCCCAGGUCACUGCGGUCGUAGAGCUCGGCAGGGGCCAAAGUGUGGUCAGAGAAGGACAGCCACAGGGAGAGGGCCACCUCCUGCAGGGCACACAGACACGGGCAGAGACACGCGAGGGCACGCACGCAUGCACACACAAACCACUCCCACAGUGACAGGCCACACGGAAGAAAGAGCACGGAGGAAAGAGAGACACAAGCAAAUGGACAAAACACAGGGAGAGAGGGGAUGCAUGUCAAUCACCUGUCUGCCACUCAGCCCAGGAGUCUGAGUCCUCAGGAGAGCCUAGUGAACCUCCCAAUGCCAUACUCCAGCCAGCCACUGCUUGAUCACUUGCAGCCACAGAGAACUCACUACCUCAUGGGAAGUCGUCCUUAUUUUGAAAACCCUAGAGCAAGGGGUCCAAGUACCAGGACCCACUUCCUCCCAUCCUCCUCCACCAUCAGCCCCCAUCAAUAGCUGUUGACCAUGCUCCCUGACCCCCAGCCAUCACCUGCUUUGGGGCUGGAAGAGCUGACUGGGCCCAGCACGUGGCUGUGACCUCCCCAGGGUGGGACGUGCCUCGGCUCAGGGCCAAUGAGAUGCCCAUCACCGGCUGCACUCGCAGCUCCAGCAUUGAAACCUUGUCGUCUGUCACUGCCAGUGCCUGCUCCCCCAGGAUGGAGUCAGAUAGCGGGGAACGAACCUGAGAGUGGGAAGCAAAUGAA